GGAGGGAGCGAGAAGAAGAGAUUAACGGGAUUGGGGGAGCAAGAACGAGGCAUGCACACAUAACCAAAGAGUGAACGACAGCGACUGGAACGCGUGGGUCUCUUCCUCGUGCGGUGACACGUCGACUCCCAACAAAUUGCACACACCGUGCAAGCCGGCAGACAGUGAGCCAGCAGAAUAUUUGCUGAAUGGAAAACAUGACAGACACCGACUCGCUGACUGAUGCACUGGAGGCUAUCAGCGUCAGCACAGACCUCAUUGAAGAGGAGCUCAAACCUCAUUUGGACACGUUACUGGAUGCACUGUUGGAAAAGAAGAAAGAUGUUGCUGUUCAGAUUUCUAAAAGUGGGAUUCUACCUAUUUUGGCUCAAGCUCUGCAGAAUAAAAGCAGUCUGAGCUGCCAGGUUGCUCUGGUUGUGGCUGAAAUGGCCCGUGAAGUGGCAGUCAGGAGCUCGUGCAUUGAGGCGGGCUUGGUGAAGGUGCUGGUUCCUUAUCUGGACAGCAGUGAUCAGGAGAUGCUACUGAACGCUGGCAGGGCCAUUGGACGCAUUUGCUUUGAUAACACAUACCAGCAGGAUCAGUUGGUGCACGCUGGCGUCAUCCCCAGGCUCGUGUCCAUCAUGAAGAAAUAUCCAGAGAAUGAUCCCCUGGUCAACGUCUGCGUGCUGGCUCUCUGUAACUUGGCCGACAUGGAUUCUGCGAGAGAGGCGCUUAUUGAAGCUGAUGUGGGAGAUAUACUAAUAUUCCAUCUGAAGCAAGCACCUGACGCUGAACGUCGACAUGUCAUCCUGGAAAUACUGGGAUCCUUGGCCAAGAAUGAUGUACUGAAGUUGCAGUUUGUGGAGUCAGGAAUACCUGAGGCUUUAUCUGAGAUGAUUCGGGGUCUUCAGGGGGAUUCAGACCCUCACACACUUUGCAGCAUCAAGGUGGCGUCCAACCUCACUGUGUCCCUGCUUUUAGGAGAUGAAUCUAUGCAGAAGUGUUUUGGUGAGGGGUCAGGGGUUGUGUACCAGGACGUUCUGUCCUGGCUGCAGAGCUCCAACACUCAGCUGCACUUGUCCGGAGCCCUGGCUAUCGCCAACUUUGCCAGAAAUGACAGUAACUGUGUGAAGAUGGUGGAACUUGGUGUGGUUCCUCACAUCCUUACAAUGUUGGAGCAGCAUAUCGUUGAAGGAGAUGUGUCUGUGCUCCAUGCAGGACUGAGUGCACUGCGAAACCUAGCCAUUCCAGCUACCAACAAGGCGCGGAUGCUCGAUGAUGGGGUGGCAGAGAGGAUAAAGCCCCUGCUGCAAUCUGACAUGCCACCAGUUCAAUUCAAACUGUUGGGUACGCUACGCAUGAUGGUUGAUGGACAAGAGGAAGCAGCCCGGAUGCUUGGAACCGAUACCACGGUGCUAAGUCAUGUUACGGAGUGGUGUGCAGUCAAAGACCACGUUGGAGUAAGAGGAGAAGCCAGUCGUCUGUUGGCUGCUGUUAUCAGACACAGCCGGAGCCCUGAUGUUGUCCACGCUGUCGCACAAGCAGAUGGGAUUCGCCACCUUAUUUCCAUGUCCAAAAGUGAACACGUCAUCAUGCAGAACGAGGCACUGGUUGCCUUGGCGAUUGCAUCUGAGAUUGACUUUGAAUCAAUGAAGGUGAUGUUUAUGGCAGCAGACCCGUUGACAAUGCUGAAGAAGAUUUUGGAAGAUCCGGCAGGGACAGUGGAUGUCAAGCUCAGUGCUUUGAGUCUCAUCGGCAGCCUUGCCACCAGCAGUGUGAUGAGAGAGGAGUUGGAGGAUGUGAAUAUGAAAGGCAGCCUGACUGAACUGAUUGACCAUAGCAGCAGUAAGCUUGCCUUGCAGGCCAGCUCCAUACUUUCCCUCCUUGGUGACACCAGCUGACUGCAGCAAGGAUCUUACCUGCAGCACAUGUUCACUCAUCAUUUCAUCUAAAACCUUCUAGAUUGUACAGUACUGUAUUGCUUUCUUCACAUGCAAUGACAAUAUACUGGAUCGAUUGUAAAACCGCAAUUACUGUAGUGGAUAGUUUGUUACGUUGAACGUGUGCAGAAAUGUAAAAAAUUUGCUACGUUUUCUAUACUUAAUAUGUUCAAUCAGUAGUAUUUACAUAUUUAGGAUCAUAUUUUGUAUUAUAUUAGGAGCACAUUCUACUGUAUAUGGCAAUAAUUACGGCUUUUUACUUAUUUAAUGUGAUGUUGCAAUAUUUGACAAAAAA